AGUUAAACGGGUGAACUCAAAAGUGUGCGUGCGCGUUGCCUACAAUGAAGGAAAUAGACGCGACCCAGGCCAAAGUAGUUGCAUAUGGGUCCGUCGCCGUUCAGGCCCCUGAGGUUGACACUCCGACAGCUCCCCGUGACAACUGUCCACCUCUCAAAGUUAUAAAUGGGCGGCUCAUGAAGUACGGAUACUGUGUCAGUAAAUCCUGGAUCCGCGAGUACGGCAGGGAACGCGGGAUAAAAGGCGAGACCGAUGCAGUAUUAGAUCUUGUCCUUAGAUCGGACAGUGACUACCGCUACGUUAUGGUGCCCAGUCUAUGUGUCUACUGGAAGCGGACACUGAAUGGGAAAGCGAAGUCUGCAUUUUGUCGUCAUCUUGUCACAGAUCGUGAAGGAUUCGAGCUUGCAUACCUUUAUUCUUCGGGAUCGAAUGAGUCGGCUGCAUCGAUGGAGGAAGCGUUGAAUCCGCGCCGGAUUCAGAAGCUGAAGGAGUUGAUGAGGAUGGAAAGAGAGCCCAAGUGGUUAUAUACGACGAGAGUUGCACGUAAUGACCAGCCAUGAUUUCCUGAUGACGUCCUUGGAGGGGAGGCACCUCAGGCUGAUAAAUAGACAUUUCAGUAGACUGCACUUGAAAUGCGACAUGGUCAAUUUGGAUGAUGCAGACUGUGCUGUAUACGUUCGUCACAGUUCUGUUCUUUCAAUUCCUUUUCUG